AUGGCAAAAACGCGAACAUGCACGUAUACCAAUGAAGAUGGACGAAGCAACCGUGAUGACGUUGAGCUGAGGGAACGCAUCAACGAGCUACGAGGCCGCCUGGACGCGCAAAGCAAAAACGAAGAGGCAGAUAACGCAGUGUCAUCAACAUUGGCAGACUCGUCGUCCGCAUCUUCUUUUCAAGGCACGACGCCUAUAUCUUCUUUGGCUUUCUGUCCCAUGAAUGUGCAAAAACGCACAUGCCUCGGCCACCUUAGGACUCAUGGCACCCGUGCGUUGGCCCUGACGCCGACAUUGCCCAACAGCGUCCUACCAACAAACACCUUGGCCCAAGUGUGUGUAGGUGCAGGGCUUCCAGACCUACCUGCAGGGGAGUGGGUUGACUGGGGCCGUUCGCUUCCCCCUGGAUUAGGUAUCACAAAGUGUGUUCACGACGAGGCACUAGCUGUGUUUGGCGCAUACCAGGCGCCGUGGUGUGCGGCGGUGGACAUGAGGCAGUUCAUGAACGACCUCAACGUCUGCAACCUGAUUACUCGCAGCGGACCUCGACCUCCGACACAAACGGCCUCUUACUCGCCACUGUUGCACAACUGCAUUCUGUACCUUGGUCUUCAUAUGCGCCGCGAAAAGUGGCCAGCCGUGACCGAGUCUUUGAACCAGCUGAUGCCUGAACACUGUGCUUCGCUCAUUUUGAAAGAGACCGGUGAUCCGACCCUAAGCACAGUUCUCGCACUCAACAUUCAUUCUUUAGUUUUCAACUUGCACACUGACUCGUCGUCAUCGACUUCAGCGACGGCCCGGUUCAUUCACUUUGGAAUGGUGGUUGCCACCACGCGAGCGCCAAAGCUGAGCCUCACAUCCAAUGUAUGUUUAUUGCCAGCAAUUGAGCGUAGACGGGCAGCUAAAAAAGCUUGGACAAGGCGGCACAGCGAUCCAUUUGGUGGACAGUGGGAAUGCAAGAUGCGUGCUGGGUGCCCACCAACGUUGGAGAUCCCGGAAGGCUUCCUGCUUCCCGACAUUAACACGGCGGUCGACAACGUCUUGUGGUUCGCUGAAGACGAUUCGAAAUCCAGUAUCGCAAAUGGCAUGAAAGGCAUGGCUUCGACAGUGUUCCACUGGACUGCCCGCCUACACCUCGUUCUGGGCAAGGUCCUGGAACAUAACCGAGAGCGGGCUGUACUGCAUCUAGCGCAUGAGAUUGAGGGUUGGCGUACCAGGCAGCCAUUCUCGCAGCCUGCGCUCUACCCGUUACCCCAUGUACUUAACAUGCUCCUCCUCUGCGAUAUGAUCCAAAUCCACUUGUUUCGCCCCUACUACCGGUCAAGUCUGGAGGUUGACCCCUCUGCCAAGGACAGGUGCGACCAGGCGGCAGCGAGUGGUAUCGACCUGCUGCUGGUGUACGAACAUGAACAUGGGCUGCAGAACGGUGUCCUCCCACUCGUUUCUGUGGUGCUCAGUAUUGCCAUUGUCCUCCUCCUGGACCUUGCCUCGACAGAGUGGGGCCAGCCACAACAGAAGGACACCCAGCUUCAAGAUUGUAUCAGGUUCAUGAGCCAGCUUGGCAAAACGUGGGCCGAAGCGAGGCAAGCGUGCCAAUUGAUCAUUACACUCAAAAUGGAAUGGAUGGUGCCGUCGUGA